AUGCAUAGCCGGGAUAGUUCCUCCGGUUGUUGCUGUUGGAAUAUUAUAGCACCUGUGUUUUAUCAGAAGUCCAAUAAUAAUCUUAUUCCUCUGGAGACAAUAUUUACCCCUCUCAAACGACGCGGAAUACUUCCCAACCCGCCUCAACCCCCCAGCAGCAGGAACGACGCUCCAUCCCUCCCUCGCCAGCUCAUCCAGUAUCCGCAGAAGAACAUUCCGAAUAGCAACUUUUUCAUCAUCAUGGCUGUACGAGUACGGGUUCCCGCGCAGCUUGAUCUCAAAACUCCCCGCAUUAUCGGGUCGUACGUCCUGAAUGCCCCGCGGCCAGAGAACGGGCACAAUCUCGUCCGCGAUCCGCGAGGUGAGUUUCGUGGGGAAGCGGAAGAAGCGGAUUCGGUCAGGAGGGAGAGGGUCAGGAGGGCGUAG